GUUACUGGCAGUGGGCGGUUAGGGUUUUUGUAUAAAACGAAUGUUAGCCGCAGGAACGUUUCAUUUGUGUCUUCUCUCUCCAGUCUACCACAAGAGUUAGGGUUUGGGUCCGAGAUCACAUAGAAUUGUUAUUUGUGAUACACCAACCUUGUGCAGCGAUGUUAGAUAGCCGGAGUGUUAUUCAACUUCCUACUGCUCCUCUACCUGCUCUUGGUGCUGUUGUCUCUUCCCAGAGAUUCCCCACCUUCCAUCAGCAAAUUCAAAUUGAAGAAGAUGCCUCAUCUGGUAGCAGUAUCUCUCGUGCUUCCUCAUUGGAGUACACAGAUGAUGAGGAGGAGUACACAGAUGAUGAUGAUGAGGAGGAGGAAGUGUCAAGCAUCAUGGAAUCUGAAGAUGAUGAUGAGGAUUAUCCUUCAGAUUAUCCAGACUCUGACAUAGAAGUAGUGCCAGAGACAACUGAUGAACGUGUUCUUGCUCAUUAUGCAAACUUGAAGAAGUUCAAGGAUAUGCGGCCGGAAUUGCAGGAACUGGAUAAACUCCUGGUCCGAGAAAAAAAAGCCAGGUACAAUUUGGCUCAAUGUGUACGCUCACUGCAAUAAGGUUAAAGGUUAUGGAGGAUAUGGAGUUAUUCUUCGUAAUCAGUGGGCACGACCUAUAAUCGCCGCAACUUGUUUCUCUCGACAAGGGGGAUCACAGUUCUUUCAAGUGCUGAGUGGUUUGCAGACUGGUCUUGAACCUGCUCUCAAACAUGGGUGUCUCCGUCUUAUUGUGAGUUGCAAUGUGGAGAAAGCUGUUCAUUUCCUUCGCAUGUUUUUCCAAACAGCUGGUGCUUGCAGUUUAGGCGCCGACAGCAGCAGCCAUGUAAAGAAAAACGGGAUUUGCAAGGAUUGUGCAAAACACUUUGUGUUGGUCAAGGACGCUACUUUAGAAACUUCGAUACCUGUCAUCGCGAACCUUAAAGUCCUGCAUGCAAAGAUUGGCGCGUCUAAAUUCAUAGAGCUCUCAAAGGUUGCUAGAAGUCAAAAUGAAGCUGCACAUUGUCUGGCAAAAAUGGCAAAAAGGGAUGCUCUCAAAGCUAACCGUGUGCUUCGCACGAACUCAAAGGUGAUGAAACCAGCUGACUUUCCUCCUAAGCUGGGAAAAAUUCUUUGGUAUGAUGCUUUUGGUUGUGCAACCCAGUAUUCUCAUUCACUCAGGCAACUAAUGCUUCGGCAAUGAAUUAUCUAUCUAGUUUAUAUACUGUAGUAUGGUUGCUUGUGUGUCCUGUUGUCUUUUUUUAUAUCCUUUUAAGGUUGGAGUCUCUAUGGUCUGGGUAUACUUAUGUUACCAGUAACUCCGAGAGGAUUAUUUAAGGUACUUGAACUAGUAGUUUCUGGUCUCUACUGUAAAAAAACAACAAAAAACCGCAGUACCGCACCCUUCUAAGUUAGUUUUUGAAUUCCAGUCAGUUGCUCUAGAUUGAUUUUUGGUUUUUUAAA